AUGAAAAAUUUCAAGUCAACUCGUUGUGUGAAACUAAAUCUACGGCAGAACUCAUCAGUUGGAUUUGAUCCGGUGCUGUGGCUUGCCCGUACGGACCGCAACCCUUCCACCCAGAAGGGCCUUGGCCAGUUCAUUCAAGACUAUGACAGGCUUCCAGGGCCAUAUAAAAAGCAGCUUUUGCUGCAAAAGCUCCAUCCUUCUUAUUAUGCUAACCUUAAACUUCAUAAUUUAGCAAGCUCCGGAAGUAACAUUUCAAUAUUCACCCACAUCAUUGAUCAUUUGUCGGGGAGGAAAGAAGGUACGCUCAGCAGUCAUUUAAUUGAGGAGUACAUUUGGAGGCUCUUAGCUGAAGAGAAUUUGAACGCUGCAGUAUCUUUGAUUCAUGCCGUGCUCGAAGUUGAUAGAAUUUCCUAUUGUGUUUCGAACCAGACGUGGUCUAUUGUCGCCUCUAAAGCUUGUGAACUUGGUCACUAUGGCGCAGCAUCUUUGGUCUAUCACGAAGUCAUUGAUCCCAUCACGGCUUACUCCGACUCUCAGUACAAUGGAUUGGUCAAUCCCAAUAUCCCAUUUCUAUUAUAUCCUGAUAUACUAGCUCGCUUAGCUAUCAUAUUCAUGCGUAAUGGCAAUUAUACGGCUGUGGUUGGCAUUCAGCAAUACUUCAAAAGGUUUUACUCGUACUUUUGGCAUAGAACCAUCUAUAGAAAUAUUGCUAUCGCAAAGGUGGAAGCCUUUGCUUGUGCGGGCAAAUUUUCUGAUGCCUUAUCUGAUUUUGUGAGUUUGGCAUGGCAACAUAGGGGACAUAAUGUGCUCGUCAAAGGAAAGAUUUUAGAGCAUAAUCUCAAGUAUGCUGUGGCACAAAACCUGAAGGAAAGACAUGAUCGUAUCAAGGCAAGCGAUGAUCCCCUUAAUGAUUCAUCCAUAGAGUAUAACAAGUAUACCCUUCCAGGCAAGAAGUUCAAUGCAAUUUUUGAUGGGGUGAUCAACAUAGCUGAUACACCCUAUUUUAACAAACUCAUACACCGCAAUGUCUCGCGUGUGGUUGCUGACCGCAGCUCUUCUACCGAAAAGCUCGCUAGUUUCGUCGCCUCAAACCACCAUGCCCUAAUCAAGCCGGUCAUGGCCGCUCUUUACAAGGAUGGCCUAGUAUUCGAGGCAUGGGCUGUUCUCACUCAAACUCAGGCUGCAUUCCCUCGUUUACAUGAUAAGAUUUUUCUACGAGGUGGAGAAGUCUUCCUUAUGACAUUCAGGGCUGCGAAAGCCAAGUUUGAAUCAUCCCGUCUCACUAACCCAGAGGUUCGGCAAUUGGGUGACAUCUUGCUCGCUUGUCGUAACCUUUGUCUGAAAGUGUCUGAUAAUGGUUGGCCUCGUGAGUGCCGUGUUGCUUGCCUUCAGGCUCUUCUUGCGUGUCCAUCGACGUCUAGAGAUGCUUUAAGACAGUUUCUUUUUGAAUGGAACGCCGAACAUCAAUCCUUCAAUAAGUCUUCUACAUCUACGUUGCAUUAUGCUCUAAACAAGAGCGAUUACGAAAAGCUCGUUGCAUUUAAUGUUGGGGAUGAUCUUCUAUCUCAUGUGUCCCCCACUUUCUAUAUAGACUUGUAA